AUGGCGGCCGAACAGAGAAAGCUGCUCGAGCAGCUCAUGGGAGCGGAUCAGCUAAUGGGAACCGGCGCGGCCUCGCGCAAUGCUCAGCUCUCCAUCACCGACUCGAAAGUCUGCCGCUCGUACCUCGUGGGAACCUGUCCGCAUGAUCUCUUCACCAACACCAAGCAAGACCUGGGCCCCUGCCCGAAAGUGCACAGCGAAGGCUUGAAGACCGAGUACGAGACGGCUUCGGCAGCGGAGAAGGCGAAAUGGGGGUUCGACUAUGACUACAUGCGCGACAUGCAGAAGUACAUCGACGACUGUGAUCGCAGGAUCGACUCGGCGCAGCGCCGAUUGGAGAAGACGCCGGAUGAAAUCCGACAGACUAAUAACCUGACGAUAAACACUGGGUUGCUGGAAAUAUCUGUCCUGGGCGAAACGGGCUCCGUCGCGCAGGCCCUCAACGAACUGCACAAGAUCCGCACCACCAAGCACCAGAAGGAGACCUGUGAGCGAGAACUCAAAAACCUCCAGGAUACCUCCGGCCCGUCGGGUCAUCAAAAACUGCAGGUCUGCGAUGUCUGCGGUGCGUACCUCAGUCGACUCGAUAACGACCGCCGGUUAGCGGAUCACUUCUUCGGCAAGAUGCACAUGGGAUACUCAGAUAUGCGCAAGGGGUUCAAGAAGCUCAGUGAGGAGCUCAAGGGACGACCGCCUCCGGUCCGCCAUCACGAUGAUGACGACGGCGGUUGGGGUGGACGCUCGGGUGGUGGAAGAGGUCCCCGAUAUGGUGGCGGCGGAGGAUACAAAAAGCGUGGUGGACGGUGGUAA